CUCGGUGGCGGCAUGGUGGGUCUGCUGCUGGUUGUCUGGCUCAUCGCGUCCUCGCUCCUUACCUCAGGUGGUAGCGAGGCGGCGGCGGCGGGCACAUUCACGGACAAGACGGUGCAGAUCACAGAGCUUGGGGUUCCGGAGUCCCCAACAGCCGGAAUGAACGUGACGCUCACCUGCCGCUUCCGCCUCGGUGGCUCCGGGCAUCACCUAUACACAGUGAACUGGUGGCGCGGCAAGGACCAGUUCUACACCUACAAAGGCAGUAACUACGACCCGAAGCACGCAUACAACUUCAGGGGCAUCCAAGUGAUGAAGGAAGCGUCUACGGAGGACUCGGUGGUGCUGCUCAGCGUGUCUGAGGCAACGUCGGGCCUGUUCAAAUGCGAGGUGAUGGGUGAGGGUCCCUCUUUCCGCACCGCCACCAAGACCAAGAUGAUGACUGUCACUGUACCGCCUCAGUCGGUGCAGAUCGAGGCCACGGGUCGCCCUCGUCCCUUAUGGUACCAGCCAAGCCAAGAGGUAUUGCUCAAUUGCACGGCACGGGGAGCCAGGCCAAGGACGUCACUAGCUUGGGAGGUGAAUGGCAAGCAGGUAAGACAGACACACCUGUACCAGUAUGCAGACCGUAUGGACAAGAAAGGUCGUGUCACCUCCACCCUAGGUCUCCGCUGGCGGGCUCCCGAGUUCUUCGAGGGACGGCAAGCCACUGUCACCUGCCGCGCCUCUGUUGGUUCCUACUCCACCUCCACCUCAGACACAGUGUACCUGGAGACGGCUUCCAGUGCUCGUUACAACCACUACGCCUCAAGAGGUUGCCGAUUGGGCGGUGAGUGGGUGGCUGUGGGCAUGUGCGCGGUGUUCGCGCUUUGCUGUUGCUGCCCGCGCUAGGAGAGAAGCCGUCCCGUGGAGUGCUACAGUUUGUCAUCACAAAGGAGCGCCCUGACGAGGAACUGCUGAUGGUGUUGCCGGCGAAAAAGGAGGCGGCAGAAUAGGACGUUCGGUGACCGCAGUUGCGGAAGAAUUACCAGAAUGCCUCAUAGUCAUUCGCCGUCACUCAAACUGUCAUGUGAGAGGAACGAAGAGGAGGAUUUGAGUGAGAAACUGACUAGUCAGUGUUUCCCUCACUGUUACUACCAUUUUCAUUACUAAAUGGAUGGUUGUGAGUGCUGUCUCUUCAUUCAUCUCACCGCCCUCUCCGUCAUCACCGUCAUGCUCCGUCACGAUCCCGUCACAACGUAGAUAGAUGUUACCCGCCUAGUAAUCACAAAUGCACACACAUAAAACAAAGGAGCAGUACCGUUGUCAUAAACAUUACACACUAAGCAGUACAUAAGAGUAAAAUUUUGAAAAAAAAAAGAAAAGAAAAGAAAUACCUGCAUAACGGACUUAGAUGUUAAGAUAAUUAGUCACACUGCUUGUAUAACUGUAUAACGCCUCUGUCCUUAAACAGCUCCAACCCUACUCAUAAGUUAACAGGAAGCGUAGAAUGGAGGAGAGUAGGUGUAGACAACAAAUAUAACAUAAGCAGCAGUAGUAGGAAGAGGGCCAUUAAGUCGGGAAGUAGAUAGUGUACCACCACCACCACCACAAGUGGACACCAACAACAUCACGUUUUGGAAAGCAGCCGGAGUCCAUAUAAAAAAAGUGGGAUAAAGCUUUCACGGUCGCAUUCCUAGUCCAUUGUAUUUGCCACACCUAAUACAUUAUCGAUGAGAGGAGACCUGCCCAUAGGGAAAGUAAUUCACCAAUCUGUACUUGAAAUAAUAAAAAAAACAUUUAUCA